AUGUCCAACAUUCGCACUAUUGAGUUUGUUAACAACUCAGGAUCUGCAAACAAAUCCUACAAUGUGUUCUCCGCCAAGGCCCUCGUUGAGGGUGGUGGUAACACCUCCGUGAAAUCCGUCGUCUUUUUCAAGACUAGAACCAUAAGCGAGGGCCAGCGGGCCGUCUUCAAAUUUGACAACAGCUUCUAUGGUUUUCUGGGAACGCAGGACAACAAGACCAUUUACACCCAGAGUAACAAGAAGGUAACUAUUGGAUCAGACAGAGAAGACGGCGACAUUCUCCUCUUGGACAAGACGUCCACUUUCACUGUUAUUCCUCCAGAUGAUGAGGUGAAAGCCCCUGGCCUUCAACAGUUCAAGAUUAGGACCAACGCAAACCUCAACCCGGACAAGGACGUCAUCGGCGUUUCCCGAGGAAGAUACAAUGGGAGCAUUGUCGCUGCUGCGACUGAUGUGGUUGACCUGAAGUCGAAUGUCACCUACACUUUUACGACCAGCAACGCGGUCUACAUCAAGGCUUCGAACUUUACUGAGGCCACUGUACAGACUGCCCCUGAUGAUGAGGAUAAGAGUGCUGUUAAGGUGGAGUUUGCCGGUCAGAUGAAGAAGGCCGUGGUUACUGAGGAUGACAAGGGCAACUUUACUGUCUCCUACUCUCGUGACUGA